UCUCCCUUCUCAUCUCUGUUUGCCUACUAUGCGACGCAUAAUCUAUGUAAAGUGCGAAAGUGGUUGAUCGCUUUCAGUCGAGCGCAGCCGAGCGUAGCGAUUUUUUUCGCUUUGGUUCCAGUUGAUUCGUUUUACGGUGCCGGAAUGGCGGGGUCCAUUGAGAUCCCUCUUCGGGACACAGAUGAAGUUAUAGAAUUAUAUUUAGAUCAGUUACCUGAGGGCGAUGAAGUCCUUGGCAUUUUACGGCAAGAACAUGCCCAACUUAAUAUUUGGGUUAAUUUGGCUCUUGAAUAUUAUAAGCAACAUAAAAUUGAAGAUUUCAUUAAAAUACUUGAGUCUUCUCGAAUUGAUGCUAAUGUUGACUACCGUGAUUAUGAGAAAGAUCAAAUGCGGGCCUUGGAUAUGUUGGCUGCUUAUUAUGUCCAAGAGGCUAAUCGUGAAAAGAGUAAAGAUAAGAAGAGAGAUUUAUUUACAAAAGCCACAUUACUCUAUACCACUGCUGAUAAAAUUAUUAUGUAUGACCAGAAUCACUUGCUUGGUCGCGCAUACUUUUGCUUGCUCGAGGGUGAUAAAAUGGAGCAGGCAGAUGCCCAAUUCAAUUUUGUAUUGAAUCAGUCUCCAAACAAUAUUCCAUCACUUCUGGGUAAAGCUUGUAUCGCGUUCAAUAAGAAAGAUUAUCGGGGCGCACUUGCCUUUUACAAAAAGGCUCUUAGAACAAAUCCUAACUGCCCAGCAGCAGUUAGAUUGGGUAUGGGUCAUUGCUUUAUGAAAUUAAACAAUCAAGAAAAAGCACGAUUAGCAUUUGAAAGAGCCCUACAGUUAGAUAGCCAGUGUGUUGGAGCUUUAGUGGGGCUUUCAGUUUUAAAAUUAAAUCAACAACAACCUGAUAGUAUUAGAACUGGUGUACAAAUGUUAUCGAAAGCGUACACAAUAGAUUCUACCAAUCCAAUGGUAUUAAAUCAUUUGGCAAAUCACUUUUUCUUUAAAAAAGAUUAUAACAAAGUUCAGCACUUAGCACUACAUGCCUUUCACAAUACUGAGAACGAAGCAAUGCGAGCAGAAAGUUGCUACCAGCUCGCAAGAGCAUUUCAUGUGCAAGGGGAUUAUGAUCAAGCAUUUCAGUACUACUAUCAGGCAACACAAUUUGCUCCUCCUGUCUUUGUAUUGCCACACUUCGGGUUAGGUCAAAUGUACGUUUAUCGAGGGGACGCUGAAAAUGCCGCCCAAUGCUUCGAAAAAGUUUUAAAAGCUCAACCGGGAAACUAUGAGACAAUGAAAAUCCUUGGCUCCUUAUAUGCGAAUUCAAGUUCUCAGUCUAAGAGAGACAUUGCUAAAAAUCAUUUAAGAAAAGUGACUGAACAAUUUCCUGAUGAUGUUGAGGCUUGGAUUGAGUUAGCACAGAUAUUGGAACAGAGUGAUUUGAAUGCAGCAUUGAACGCGUAUGGUACAGCGACAAGAAUAUUGAAAGAAAAAGUACAAGCAGAUAUUCCUCCAGAAAUUUUAAAUAACGUCGGUGCUCUGCACUAUAGACUUGGGAAUUUGGAGGAAGCUAAAAAGAAUUUGGAAGAAUCAUUAGCUCGUUCAAAGGCAGAUGCUCUGCAUGAUCCAGUAUAUUACAAUUCUAUAGCCGUGACGACGACCUACAAUUUAGCACGGCUUAAUGAGGCUUUAUGUGUGUUUGACCGUGCUGAGAAAUUGUACAAGGACAUUUUGAAAGAACAUCCAAAUUAUGUGGACUGUUACUUAAGAUUGGGCUGUAUGGCCAGAGACAAGGGACAGAUCUACGAGGCUUCUGAUUGGUUCAAAGACGCGCUUAGAAUCAAUAAUGAACAUCCGGACGCUUGGUCCUUGUUGGGUAAUUUGCAUUUGGCUAAAAUGGAAUGGGGUCCUGGUCAAAAGAAGUUUGAGAGAAUUCUUAAAAAUCCUACUACGAGUACAGAUGCGUACUCGCUGAUUGCCUUGGGAAAUAUUUGGUUGCAAACUUUGCAUCAGAGUGGAAAGGAUAAGGAACGAGAAAAAAGACACCAGGACAGAGCUUUGGCUAUGUAUAAACAGGUGUUGAGAAAUGAUCCGAAAAAUAUUUGGGCUGCUAACGGGAUCGGUGCGGUUCUGGCGCACAAAGGAUGCGUCAAUGAAGCUAGAGAUAUAUUUGCCCAAGUUCGUGAGGCAACAGCUGAAUUUUGUGACGUAUGGUUAAACAUCGCUCAUAUUUACGUUGAACAAAAACAAUUUGUUAGUGCAAUACAAAUGUAUGAAAAUUGCUUACGCAAAUUUUACAAGUACCAUCACGUGGAGGUUUUGCAAUAUCUCGGAAGGGCGUACUUUAAAGCUGGAAAAUUGAAGGAAGCCAAAAUGACGCUCUUGAAGGCUCGCAGAGUAGCGCCGCAGGAUACUGUGCUUCUAUAUAACAUUGCACUUGUUUUACAACGAUUGGCCACGCAAAUUCUUAAGGAUGAAAAAUCUACCUUAACUACCGUCUUACAAGCUGUUCAUGAGUUAGGCUUGUCUCACAAGUACUUUCAGUAUUUGGCGACCCACGGUGAUAGAAUGGAACAACUCGCUGAGACAGAAGCAAGGAGAUGUCAAGAUUUACUCUCGCAGGCACAGUACCACGUCGCAAGAGCAAGGAGGCUGGACGAGGAAGAGAAGAUGCUUCGGCGGAAACAAGAGGAGGAAAGGCAAGCAUUCAAAAUGCGUCAAACUGAGGAGCAACGAAAAUUGGAAGAGAUGCGUCGCCAAAAGGAAGAGGAAAUGCUCCAAAAGCGUCAGCAGUAUGUCGAGAAGACGAAAAAUGCGUUGGUGUUUGGAGAGAUGCCGUCAGAAAAGCCUGGAAAGAAAGGUAAAAGGAGCAGGACGGAUCAGUACGUUAGUGACAGCGGCGGUUCUGGCGGAGAUGAGGGAAGAGAAGAAGCUCCUAGGGAGAGGAAGCGAAAGAGGAAGCCAAGUGGCGAAGGUAAAGAAAGGAAAGGACGAGGAAAGGGUAGGAGGAAGAAGGAAGCAGGCAGUGGAGAAAGUGGAGGUUCGGAUAGCGAUCGUCCGAAAGUUAAGCGCGGAAGGAAAACUGGGAGCGCUAAGAAGGACAAAGGUUCGCGUAAGAGUACAUCUGAUAUGUCUAAGAAUAAAACGCGAAUCUUAUCAAAGGAAACUAUAUCGACAAGCGAAUCUGAUAGUGAUAAUGGCGGUCUGAAAAUCGCCAGCGGGGAUGAAAGUGGAAAUGAGGGUGGUCCUCGUGGAAAGAGGAGAAUCGCAUCGGAUUCCGAAGGAUCUCGAGCGUCAAGAUCAAGAUCACGAUCUGGAAGUCGUUCCAGGAGUAGUUCCCGGUCUCGUUCUAGAAGCCGUUCAGGUUCGAGAAGCCGUUCAGGUUCAAGAAGCCGUUCCGUUUCACGAUCACGAUCAAGAUCAGCUAAGAGUGGUUCAAGAUCAAGAUCCGGAUCCCGAAAGAGCAGAUCGCGAUCCAGAUCAGGCUCUAGAAAGAGCCGCUCCAGGUCUAGAUCAAGGUCCGGUAGUGGGUCAAGAAAAAGUGGAUCGAGAUCACGAUCAAGAUCUGGUUCCAAAAAGAGUGGAUCCAGAUCCCGCUCGAACAGUGGCUCAAGAAAAAGUGGAUCUCGUUCAAGGUCGAGAUCUAAAAGUGGUUCGCGCUCAGGCUCUGAACGCAGAUCCAGAAGCAAGAGUAGAUCAAGAUCAAAGUCCAGAUCCGUGUCAAGGUCUAAAUCAAGAUCCAAAAGCAAGAGCAGGUCGAGAUCAAGAUCAAGAUCAAAGAGUGGAUCUCGUAGUAGAAGCGCUAGUGGCUCAGCACGAUCAGCAUCUCCUGUAUCAAGAAAAUCUGUUUCUGGUAGUGAGGUUGGCUCACGUCAUUCUAGUACAGAUCGUGGUGGUGGCAGUGGCAGUGAGUGAGAUUAACAUCAAGAAAUCAGCGACUAUAGCCUUGUUAAGGGUUAGUCAUAAAAUAGAGUAUAUACAUUUUAUAACAAUUGAAUAUAAAUAAGACAUGUUAGAUGACCCCAGUCAUCAUCCAAUACGCGAGUCAUUUAAUUUUCUGUUUCUUUUUCGUUCAUUUUCAAGAAGUAGACAGCCAAAAAAAAAAAGAACUGCGUGUCAUUUCAAAAUUAAUUACUCAAGUAUAUUAUUUUAUCGUAAUUCCAUUCUUAAUCCCUUCGGCGACAGCCUAGCGUCAUCCCUAUGGAGUAUAUACACCAUGGCGUCAAUAUCGUUAAAGGGGUUAAUAUUGCUGAUGAAAUCUUAUAAUCGUUCACUGGUCAAUUACGGUUAAUCUCUAUUUCCAAACUUAAUCUCUUUACACAUACAUAAGUCCCAACUUUAUUUGCUAUCAUUGCGACUUAUUUUCGAAAUAGCUGGAAAUAAUUUCAGAUAUACAUAUGCUAAUCUCCUGUAUUAUAUAUUUCUUAUAUAUAUAAAAUAUUUCUCAGUAUGUUAUAUUUCCUGUUAUAUAAAUACUUGCUGCACCAUCGGUUUGGUUAUCAGGAACACUUUUAAGCGAAAAAUAUCUAUCAUAUGCAUAUACAUGAAUUAAAGAGCACAAAUAAUUUUCUCGUCGCAUUUCAUCAGUGUUCACGCAAAUUGCGUGAUAUUCGUAGAAUACAUUUCCUCGAUUCCCUGAAAGAAAUACAAAAUGCUUCUAGAUAAAAAUUCCUGAAAGAAUAUAUAUAUAUAUAGCAAAUACAACAUUCCCACAGUUGUAAGUUAUCGUUAAGUAACAUAAGUGCUAAGGGUGCGAACAUUUCGCGACUUUGACAAACGGCAAAUGUCUUGGAGGACUUUUCUCGGUUACGUUUUUAGUGUUACACUUCUGUAAGAGAUGUCACCCGGCAAAAGGCAGCAGCCAGUUAUUGCGGUUGGUUCCCUCUUGAAAAAGCGACAACCCACCUUUAGCAAGGAACCUCCAAAUUCCCACGUAUACGUGACCUAUUUCAUCCCUCGAUGCUGUAUUCUCAUGUGUUCGUGAUGCGUUCGUCCUACCCCUUUUCUCUACCCUUGCUGUAAUACAUAAGACGACAUUUAUGAAAUGUUCUCUUUGCUCUGUU